ACGUCAAAUUUGACACUAUUGACUAUCGCAAAUAAGAUCAAGGUUGUAAAAUGUUAAUGUAAUUUACGAAUUAAAAUUAGUCUUUUAUAAAUUUUCGGAACAUGUCAAUUACGUAGAAGGAUCCCACGUCGAACUUGACGUCACAUAGAAUACGAAUGCGGCUGCUAGCUAUGGAUAGCACGUCCAUGAAUCCUUACGAACAACAGCUGUAUACGGUUUUCAAAACGUUCGACGUAGAUAACGAGGAAGCCCUAAACAAAUCGGCCGUGCUCGAUCUGUGCGACGCUUUGCAGCUGGAAGACCGCGGUGCAGCCCUCGUCGGCUCGCUGUUCGAGCGCAGCUCCGACCGCGUCACCUUCACACAGUUCCGCAACGGGCUUCUUUCGGUGCUCAGCGGCGACGGCGCCUCCGCCCCCGCCACCUCGGGCGCGCCCUCCGCGCCGCCCGGCGCUCCGCACAGCGACGAGGACUCCUCCGGCCGCGAGAUCGCUCCCAAGUUCGUCUUCGGUUCCAAAAAGUACGGGCGACGCUCGAGGCCUCAGCGCGCCUCUGACGCGCACGCGCCGCGAGCCGCCUCCGUGUCCCGCCUGGACGCCGACGACGGGCGCGCGCGCUCCUCGCAGCGCAUGCGGGCCCGGCGCAGCGCCUCGGCCAUGGAGGCGCGCGACCUCGACCCCGACGACGACGACGCGCCGGCCUUCGAGCACGAGCGCCGCGUCGACCGCGUGCAGGCCCUGGCGCUGUGCCGCGACCUGCGCAUGGACGGCAUCGACGGCGGGCUCGUCGACCGCAUCUUCGAGGAGGCGCGCGCCGGCGAGACGACCACCGUCGGAGAGUUCUUCGACCGCUUGAACGCGACCCUCACCUCGUCCAUCGAGGGCGCCGGAGAGAGCGCGCCCACUCCGGAGCCGGACGGCGCGGACCCCGAGGACGACGACGCCGGCGUCGCGAGCGAGCUGGUCGUGGACGCGUGGGAGCGCGCCGGCGUGCCGCGCCCGCGCCGCCUGCUGCUCGAGCUCGGUUUCGGCGCCGCCGCCGUGCGCCCGCCCGACCUGGAGCGCGCGCUGGACACCGAGCUCGCGGCGCUCGCCGAGCCGCUGGACGAGCGCCGCGACGCGCGCCCGCUAGUGCUGGCGGCGGCGCUGGCGCUGGCGCGGCUGCGGCUGCGGCGCGCGCGGCGCCGGGCCGACCUCGCCGCGGCCGAGCGCGACAAGCUGCGCGCCGACGUGGCCGAGGCCAACCGCCGCGCGCUGCUGCUCGCGCAGGACGUGGACGAGACGCACGCGCGAUUGGAGUGCGCGGGCCCGGCGGAGGCGCGCGCGGACGCGAGCGCGGGCCCGGACGCGGUGGACGCGUGCGUGGGCCCGGACGCGGCUCACGCGUGUGUGGGCCCGGACGCGGGACUGCGGACGGACGCGGGACUGCAGACGGACGAGGCGCUCGACGAGCUCCCGAAGGACCUCGCCGACACUGAGCGCCGACAUGAGGAGGAGAAGCAGAAAUUGUCCGAACUGGUCAAGGAGCUGGAGGCGAGCCUGGAGGCGAUGCGCGAGGAGUACGAGCGCUGCGAGGAGUACUGGGCGGGCAAGCUGCGUGACGAGCGCGCCGCCGCCGAGGCCGACGCGCGCGCCGGCGACGAGCGCCUGGCCGAGCUGCUGGCGCGCGUGGCCGACUACGAGCGCCACUUCGCGCCGCCGCCGCUGCCGCCCAUCGAGGAGCGCGCCGCGCUCGAGCAGCAGGUGUCCACCACCAGCACCACCCCGACACGCGACCCACUUUUAUGAACCGGCAAAACGAGACUCCCGUAGAUUUCGUCGAGCGAUACGAGACGACGACGCGACCGUUUCGCCGACUCGAUCGAUCCGACCGAUAUCAAUCACGAAGCGGUGGGGAAAUCUCACGGUCGAUUUAAAAUCAAUCGAGUCUUUGGGCUAUAUUUCACCGGGAAACCAUGGCGGCGCAACCAGUCACUGGCUACCAACAA